AUGAUACCUACAUCGCCGCAGACACCUCGUCAUUCGCGCCAGUCCUCCGGCAUAGACGCCUCCUACCAGAGUUCAAGCCCGAAUGCCUCACCUAUCGCGAGACGCCAGUCUAAGUCCUCCUUCCAAGAUCCCCUGACGCCGUUGCGUAACAGCAUGAACGACUCCGAGCUUAACGAGUUCGGUGGUGAUGGUGCCGGAGGCAACGGUCUCGGGAACUUGGCCGACGAACUAGCAGAUGCUCUAUCGGGCUCCGGUGAAGAUGAGGAAUACUACGACGAUGGCGAUAACACCGAAGACGAGACUACGGGACGGGACCCUGUAGAGGGCGUGCGGGACAGCGGGGUCGAUGUCGCAAGUCAGUCCGACUACCAAGCCAAGAAUCAGCGCGGCAGCUUAAUCGUGCCAUCGCCACCAAGCGGACGAGGCCACCGGCGAAUCGGGAGCCGGUACGAUGGCAGCGAGUAUGGUUCCGAGUCUGACCUCGAGUCACCCGGCAUGCCGCCAAGUUUGAUCUCCAGGAUUGAUGCUGUCGAAUCGCUGGCCAGGAGGGGCACCGAGAACACUGGCGGCCCUACCGACGGGGUCUUCAAACGGGUAACGGAGGGACUUAGAGACCUCGGGUCCCAGUCGGGCGUGGAGGGAAGCACAACGAGGUUAAUCACUGCCCACACAGCGUUAGCAACACAUCUGGCGCAUCAGACCAGGCAACUCCACAACCUCACCUACCCCCUACUGUCACCAUUGGUCCCACCCCCAGAUCCAGAGACCAUCGAGGCUCUAUUGCCACUCCUCACAUCCGUAUCCGACGACAUGCCGCGGCCUGCAACCUCGGCCUUCAAUUCGCUAUCGGCAUUACACUCGGUAACUUCUGAUCUCGUACAAACCCUCAACUAUCUCUCAGAUACACUGCACAUGUCACGGCAGACCACCACCACGGCCGCGCGAAGGUUAAAGUCAGCUAAGGAGAUGGUGGCGGAUAUGAAACGAGAGGAGGAGCUAAAGGAGGAGGGGGAGCGGUGGCUGACAAGAGGCAAUUGGGGCGAGAGAUUAGAGAAGCGUGAAUGCGCCGGCAUAUGCCGGGACGUCGUCGGUGGCUUCGAAGAGGUUUGCAAUGGAUGGAGAGCGCGCCUGUUGGCUCAGGCCGAGUCAGCCUAG